AUGAAAUUUCCAGUCAUGGAAAUUCCAGAUAGCUCUAUACAAUUUGAUACUGGUAGUUCUGAAAAUGAAUCGGUUAUUUCUUCAUAUGAAGAAGAAUAUAAUUUUAUUACUAAGAUACAGCCCAAAAAAGGAAAAAAAUUUGAUAAUAGGGGAAAAGGAUAA